AUGUCUUGGAAGCUAACUAAAAAGUUGAAGGAGACGCACCUGGCACCUUUGACCUCCUCUUUUGGCCGCUCGUCAUCCACUUCGACAAUCAGGGGAGACUCGAACGGUGAUGAGGCUACGACCCCCGUGGCCUCCAACCCACCUAGUGUCGCCUCCGCCACUUCGUCAACAAACGGCAUUUCGGCCUCUGAGUCUCUUGUCUCUCCUCCUGUGGCUCCUGUGAACCCCGGAAUCCUCAUUGUCACCCUCCAUGAAGGGCGCAAUUUUUCGCUGUCGCCUCAUUUCCAGCAGAUCUUCAACUCGCAUUUCCAAAAUAACUCUUACGCGCCCUCCUCUUUACGCCCAAGCACCUCUUCUUCGUCACAUUCAACUCAAAAUCAAGCGGGUUCCUUUGUGCAGUCGGGCCGACCUCAGUCCACAAGUGGGGGUAUCAACGCUGCCCCCACUAUUCACGGUCGCUAUUCUACCAAGUACCUGCCUUACGCCCUCCUCGAUUUCGAAAAGAACCAGGUCUUUGUAGAUGCUGUGUCCGGCACCCCUGAGUCCCCAUUGUGGGCUGGCGACAACACAGCUUUCAAAUUCGAUGUGUCCCGAAAGACUGAGCUGAAUGUACAGUUGUAUCUGCGCAACCCCGCCGCCCGGCCUGGUGCCGGACGAACACCUCAGGAUUCCUACGUCGAUGGCCCCGUCCUGUCGCAAACCAUGCAGCAGCAGUUCGUCGGAUGGUCGUACAACCGACCCGUGGCUGGCCUCGGCGAUGCAGGCGGCAGUGUCAAAGACCCGUCCUUCGGUAGCAUCCCAGAGUAG